AUGAAGAAGGCCUCUAAUGCGGACUUCCAAGGAGGUCCGCUGAAGUCCCGACUUAUCGAAGUGGCCCUUUCCGAAGGGAGGUAUCAACCUGGUGAUGAGGUAGAGGUUGUUGUAGGGCUUGGCCCAGGCUUCGAGAGCACCCGAGUGGACUGGCUCUUGGCACAAGCCUGUGGGGAGGUCCUUGGUCUACAUGGGGCUCGACUCGAUCGAGACAAGCUCAGUUUCCGUUCUCCAGAAGAAGCCUCUCGACCCUCGAUCGCCUCCACCCACGGUUACGUCCCUGCCGAGCAGCGUCUUUCGAGCUCAUCAGCGUUGCUGUUUUCGACCUCGCCCGAGAUCUUGGCUGUCCAGAUUGACCCAAAGGAGUCUCGUCAAGCCGUCUUCCACUUCACGCUGCCUCAUCUACUGCCACCCUCCUUCACUGGCAAGUACACUAUCGUUCGCUACUACAUCAUAGUCGCUGCUAGCGCCAAUUCUACGGUUUUUGAAUCAAAAACGCCCCUGAGGGUCACGUGCGAGCGAGGCGGCCUGAAGUGCGUGGGAAGGGCCGUUCGAUGCAUCCCUCGGCGCGACUCCAUCUUUGGCAGCUACGAUCUGGUCGAAGAUCGGCUGCUCACUUGGGCGGCUCGAAAGGAGGCGGCAGCUGAGCUUGAAAGCAGUACGGCCACUUUUGGGAAGAAGCAUUUCUCCAUCAGUUUCAACAAAGCGCCGGUCGGGGAGAUCUCAGUGAGUGGCCGUUGGAAUCUUUCCGAGAGGCUCCUCUACGUCGACCUAGAUUCGCCCAUGACCAUCAGCGUGAGGUUCUCUACCACUAAGGGCAGCAUCCCCACGGAACACCUCAGAGUACGCCUUGUCCGCACUGAGCGGUCUGGAGAUGAGCUCGUGGGAGUUCACCGAAUUGCGGUAUCGGAAUGCGUCCUACCGUCAGUCCAUGAAUGUGGUUUGACGAGCUCGACAGUUCCUCUGUACAUUCCAGUAGAGGAGUCGCCUUCCUUCACUCUGCCAGGGGCGGUGAAAGUCUCUCAUCAAAUCGUCUUUGACUUCUUCGUCCUCGACGGUGACGACCUCACACGAGUCACUUGGACGCUCAACUGCCGUAUUGUGGAUGAGCCCACGAGGGAGGACCAUUCGGCAGAGACGCCCAUCACUACUCCUUUACCCUUCCAACCGUCCGAAGGCGGCGAUGAGAGGCCUGGGAGUCUGCUCAUGAAGGAAGCUAGAGUCGUCAGGAAAGGGCGCAAGGACGCGCAAGCGACUAUUGAUUGCAUCUUGAGUACCGCUGAAGACUCCGUUCUGGAGGGCGACCAAAUUCUUCAUCGAACGAUGAGAGUGUAGCUAACGCAGCAGCA